GUAGAAAACCGCGGGAAGAAAUAAGUAACGGAAUAACAGAAAGAAGAACAAAGUAGCAAACCGUUGUUAGUUAAAAACAAACAAAAAAGCAAGUUUCCUAAUUCCUAGUCCUAUUCUCGUGGAUCUUACAAUUCUUAUUUCCUACAUUACUUCUCUUCUGUCUUCUUCCACAGCCCAAUCCCAAAUCCCUUCCACCUCCAUUAACGCCAUUGCUCCAAGCUCGCUCGAUUACUCGCUAGCAUGGCCUUAGGAAAGGUCCGUGGCGGCGUCGGAAGAAGAGCGUCCACUACGUCCUACUCCUCCACUAUCACUCCCAUCGCCUUUGUAGCUUUGUGUCUCUUCGGUGUAUGGAUACUCUCUUCCUCCUCCUCCUCCGCCUCCACCGCGGUGGUUCCGCCGAAAACAACCGCCAGAGCCACCGCCUCGUCAGGUGGCGCCAGCUCGACCGCCACAGAUCCUAAUAAGGAGGCGUCGUCGUUCGAGGACCACCCGGGCGACCUCCCGGACGACGCCAUCAAGGCAACGGACCGCGAUAGCGACGACGUGAAGGAUCUUGAGACGGAAAACGACGACCGUCGGAACAAGGAGGCGGCGGCCGCGGCCGCCGCCGACCAAGAGACCGGCGAUUUGGAGAGUAGUAGUAUUAAGAAACCGGAAAUAGAAGACGUGGUGGCGGUGGUGGAGGAGAAGCAGAGCGGGAGAGCGAAAGGGGACGGCGCAGAGGAAUCCGAGCAAGAGAAACGGCAGAAAGAAGUGGAGACUCAAACGGCGGCCGUCGAGGAGAGCUCCAUCGCCGCGCAAAACACGGAAUCCGACCAAACAACAACACCAAAUGAUACCCAGCAGCCGGAAACUGACGAAAUUAAGGUUCAUGAUCCACAAACCGACAGCCAAGACACUUUAGACCCGACCAAAAACAUGAUCUCCGAUGAAGAUCAACAGAAAAGACUAGAACAGCAGCAGCAACAGGAAGACGAUCAAGUCCAGCCAAAAAGGCACCCGGAACACGAAUCUCAAGGCAUAACAAGCGAAGAUCAAAUCCAACACGAUGAGGCAACAGUAUCUGGAGACGAAGACACUCUCAAAACUCACCCUUCUUUCUCCUCCUCCUCCUCAACUGAUUCAAAUCAAGAAAAAGCUCAAAUUGAUUCAGUUCCAGCUAGGAAAACCUCGCCCCAGAUUCCAUCGGAGUCUAAGGAUUCAAAGAAGGCCUGGUCGACUCAAGCUGUUCAAUCUGUGAGCCAGAAAGAAAGGACAAAGACAACAGAUGAACAAGAAAACAAUAUUAUCCCAAGCCCGAAUUGGCAACUGUGCAAUGUGACGGCCGGUCAAGAUUACAUACCAUGUUUGGAUAAUGAGCCUGCCUUACACAAGCUAAGAACCAGGAGACAUUUCGAGCAUCGCGAACGCCAUUGCCCCGAGGAGCCUCCGACAUGUCUUGUCCAGCUACCAAAAGGGUACAAGAGACCAAUUGAAUGGCCUAAAAGCAGAGAGAAGAUAUGGUAUCACAAUGUGCCAAACACAUUAUUGGCAGAGGUGAAGGGGCACCAAAAUUGGGUGAAAGUUUCUGGAGAAUUCCUUGUUUUUCCAGGUGGUGGUACUCAGUUCAUCCAUGGAGCCUUACAUUACAUUGAUUUUCUCCAACAGGCAGUUCCUAAUAUUGCAUGGGGAAAACAUACCAGAGUAGUCUUGGAUGUUGGCUGUGGAGUUGCUAGCUUUGGUGGCUACCUAUUUGAUAGAGAUGUUCUGGCGAUGUCCUUUGCGCCUAAAGAUGAACACGAAGCUCAAAUUCAGUUCGCACUGGAAAGGGGAAUUCCUGCAAUAUCUGCUGUUAUGGGCACCCAAAGGCUGCCAUUCCCAAGCGGAGUCUUUGAUGUUGUGCAUUGUGCGCGCUGCAGAGUCCCUUGGCAAAUUCAAGGUGGAAAGCUUCUUCUGGAACUGAAUCGAGUUCUUCGCCCUGGAGGCUACUUUAUCUGGUCUGCAACUCCAGUGUACCAAAAACUCCCAGAAGAUGUGAAGAUUUGGAAAGCAAUGUCUGCUCUAACAGUGUCGAUGUGCUGGGAGCUUGUUGCCAUCAAGAAGGACAAACUAAACUCGAUUGGUGCAGCUAUCUAUCACAAACCAGUCUCGAACGAUUGCUACAAUCAAAGGAAAAGCAAAAAGCCUCCAAUGUGUAAAAAGAAUGAUGAUCCUAACGCUGCAUGGUAUGUACCUCUGCAAUCAUGCAUGCACAGAGUCCAAACAGACGAGACGCAGAGAGGAUCAAAGUGGCCUAAGGAAUGGCCGGAGAGACUUCAAACACCACCGUAUUGGCUAAACAGGUCUCAGGUGGGGAUAUAUGGAAAACCAGCUCCCGAGGACUUUGCAGCCGAUUAUGAGCACUGGAAACACGUCGUCAGCAGGUCGUACAUGAGCGGAUUGGGCAUUAACUGGUCCACUGUCAGAAACAUCAUGGACAUGAGAGCAGUUUAUGGGGGAUUUGCAGCGGCACUGAAGGACCUCAAAGUGUGGGUGAUGAAUGUGGUGAACAUAGACUCUCCAGACACGCUUCCAAUCAUCUAUGAGCGAGGCCUCUUUGGAAUGUACCAUGACUGGUGUGAAUCCUUCAGCACCUACCCAAGAUCAUACGAUCUCCUGCAUGCAGAUCAUCUCUUCUCGAGGCUGAAAACAAGGUGCAAGAUUACUGCUGUCGUGGCAGAGGUUGACAGAAUAGUUAGACCCGGGGGCAAAUUGAUCGUGCAAGACGACUCUGGAACGAUUAGGGAAGUAGAGGAGUUGCUCAAGUCGUUGCAUUGGGAGGUUCGGAUGACCUUCUACCAAAAACAAGAUGGAAUGCUUAGUGCUCAGAAAACCGAAUGGAGACCAGAAACAUAUACAGCUUCAACCUGAUUUAAACACAGAUUCGAGAUAAUCAUAGUAUUUUCGCGCUAUGGAGACAUCAGCUUCUUGGUAGAUUCAUUAGGGUUGUUACAGUGAGGUCAAUUACUGUCCUUUUGGUUACUUAUUACCUUACUGUAAACAAAGAUCUAUCCUGAUGAAAUGGCUAUUGGAGUUUUUACA